UAUAUAACUAUUUUAUUUGUGAAAUUCAUCGAGCAAUUGGAAUGAAAAUAAAAAAAACCAUUACCAUUUCAUAAAACAAAUCUUAUAUUUUUGUUUUUAUUUCCUCUUAUUAUUCACAAUUUUAAAAGACAGGUAGCCGCAAAAUUCGAACUCAAAUACAGUUUCUCCCUUUCCUAUAUCACCUCCCCGCCAUUUCUUUUCCCCAAAAAAAAAAAAAAAAAAAACCACUUCUCAUUUUAUCAUACCAAACUUUCUCUUUCUUACAAUUUUUUGCUUCUUCAAAAAUCAGACAGAAUUUUCCAAUUUAUUUCAAUUGAUUAUCCUUUUAAUGAAUGAAAAAUGUGCAGAUUAAAACAAGGGAACCCCAACAAUGUAUUCAUACACAUCUUUUUAUCCUUUGCAAUUUUGCUUGUUAUGGCGAAUUUUGCUUAUGGGCAGCAAACUACUAGCAAUAAUUCAAUGGGGAUGACACUAGUCAAGAGUGUUCUUGCUUCACGUAUCAAAAAUUUGUCCACCAUUAUGACCAAAAAUUUGAAAGGCCAAAUGGAUUUUUGCAUCGAAAAUGUAGACAAAGAGUGGGAUGCUGCUUUCAAUUUCUCCGAUAACUCAGGCUUUUUGGAAGGGUGUCUUAAACAGACAAAAGGGGGUGUUCAGCAGCGCUUAUGUACUGUAGCAGAAAUAAAGUUCUACUCUACUAGUUUACUGGAAGUGGCGGAUGAAAGUGGAGCAGCAAGAAGUUCUAAUUACCUGAGACCGAACAAGAACUGUAAUCUAUCAUCAUGGAUUUCUGGAUGUGAGCCAGGUUGGGCUUGUAGUGCUGGAAAUGACACGAAAAUUGACUUUGAAAAUGAUAAGGAGAUUCCAUCUAGAACUCUAGAUUGUCAAUCUUGUUGUGAAGGCUUCUUCUGUCCUCAUGGUCUCACCUGCAUGAUACCCUGCCCGAUGGGUGCUUAUUGCCCUCUUUCAAAACUCAACACGACCACUGGUAUAUGUGAUCCCUACCGCUAUCAACUUCCUCCUGGAGACGCCAAUCAUACUUGUGGUGGAGCAGAUAUGUGGGCUGAUUUUAUGAGUGCUACUGAACUUUUUUGUUCAGCAGGAUUUUACUGUCCAACUGCUGUCCAGAAGAUUCCUUGCAAUAAAGGAUAUUACUGCAGAGCUGGUUCAACAGAACAAACAAGCUGCUAUAAAUUUGCAACUUGUGAACGUCAGACUGCAAACCAAAAUAUCACUUAUUAUGGUAUCAUGUUGUUUGGUGCAAUCAUGCUUAUACUUCUCAUUAUAUACAACUGUUCUGACCAAGUUCUGAGCAGUAGAGAACGAAAACAAGCCAAGUCCAGAGAAGCCGGUGCAAGAAGUGCAAGGGAAAGUGCUCAGGCACAAAACAACUGGAAAUCUAACCUUGCUAGCAUGGGGUCUCAAUUGUCGAAGACAUUCUCCCGUAGAAAGUCAACAAGGCAGGACGUGCAGAAGGAUAGUGAUCAAUUUAAACCUGGUAAAGAUUCUGGCUUGCCCUUGCCCCCAGGUAUGUCUCAGGCAAAAGCAAAGAAGCAACACAACCUCAAGAAGAUGAUCAAUGCAUCUGAAGAGAACCCUGAUAGUGAAGCUUCCAACAUUGAAACUGGGGAUAAAAAGUUUAAAAAGGACAAGGGUAAACAAUUACAUUCAAGGACUCAAAUUUUUAGAUAUGCAUAUGGGCAAAUCGAGAAAGAAAAAGCUCUGCAGGAGCAGAACAAAGAUAUGACCUUUUCUGGAGUAGUCAACAUGGCAAGUGAGUUUGAGAUAAGGCCCAGGCCUCCUAUUGAGAUUCACUUUAAAGAUUUGACACUAACUUUGAAGGGGAAAAACAAACAUCUAUUGAGGUGUGUAACUGGGACAUUAUCACCUGGCCGUGUUUCUGCUGUUAUGGGCCCAUCUGGUGCUGGAAAGACAACAUUUCUAUCUGCAUUGACUGGAAAAGCUGCAGCAGGGUGUACUACAACUGGUUCCAUUCUCAUAAAUGGAAAGUCUGACUCUAUUCAGUCAUACAAGAAAGUUAUUGGCUUUGUUCCUCAAGAUGAUAUAGUGCAUGGAAAUUUGACAGUGGAGGAGAAUCUUUGGUUUAGUGCUCGGUGCAGAUUGGCUGCUGAUUUGGCAAAACCAGAAAAGGUUUUAGUUGUUGAAAGAGUCAUAGAGUCCCUGGGAUUGCAACAGGUGAGAGAUUCUCUUGUGGGGACAGUGGAGAAGCGAGGCAUUUCUGGGGGUCAGAGAAAGCGAGUAAAUGUUGGGCUCGAAAUGGUUAUAGAACCUUCUUUGUUAAUUUUAGAUGAACCAACUUCUGGUCUGGAUAGCACUUCAUCUCAGUUAUUGCUUAGAGCACUUCGUCGUGAAGCUCUUGAAGGAGUGAAUAUAUGCAUGGUGCUUCAUCAACCAAGCUAUACUUUGUUUAGGAUGUUCGACGAUUUUAUACUUCUAGCUAAGGGUGGCCUUACAGCGUACCAUGGACCAGUAUCAAAAGUUGAAGAGUACUUUUCAGGACUUGGAAUCAAUGUCCCAGAUCGUGUUAAUCCUCCAGAUCACUUCAUUGAUAUUUUAGAGGGAAUUUAUAAACUUCCAACAAGUAUAGGAGUAAGCUAUAAAGAUCUUCCUCUUAGAUGGAUGCUUCAUAAUGGUUAUGCAGUACCACCAGACAUGCUAGGUUCUUCGGGAUCAGCAGCUUCCUCGGCUGGUGAUAAUUCAGCUCACGGAGGAAGUUCUGCAGCUAUUGGUCCUGAUCAAUCUUUCGCAGGAGAGUUAUGGUCGGAUGUCAAAUCCAAUGUUGAACAGAAGAAGGACCAUAUACAGCAUAGACUUUUGUCAUCACAUGACUUGUCGAACCGGAAAACACCUGGUGUCCUACUCCAAUAUAGGUAUUUCCUUGGAAGACUCGGCAAGCAGCGACUGCGGGAAGCGAGGAUACAAUCUGUCGAUUAUCUUAUACUAUUACUUGCUGGGAUAUGUUUAGGAACACUUGCUAAAGUGAGUGAUGAAAGCUUUGGGGCACAGGGUUACCUUUACACAGUCAUUGCAGUUUCUCUCCUUGGCAAGAUUGCAGCAUUGAGGUCAUUUGCUCUAGAUAAAGUAUACUACUGGAGAGAGAGUGCAUCCGGCAUGAGCAGCUUGGCUUACUUUAUGGCCAAGGAUACACUUGACCAUUUCAGCACAAUUGUAAAGCCUGCAGUUUAUCUAUCAAUGUUCUAUUUCUUCAAUAAUCCAAGAUCCACUAUUUGGGAUAAUUACAUUAUCUUGCUUUGUCUCACAUACUGCGUUACGGGAAUAGCUUAUGCUUUGGCCAUCUACUUUGAACCUGGUCCAGCCCAACUGUGGUCGGUGUUGCUACCAGUUGUUUUGACUCUCGUUGCAAACCAGGAUGGCGACCCACUUAUGGCAAAAAUAGGCGAUUAUUGCUAUCCUAAGUGGGCUUUGGAAGCAUUUUUGCUUGCAACAGCUAGAAGGUACUCUGGUGUGUGGCUGAUCUCAAGAUGUGGUUUACUAAAGUCAAGGAACUAUGAUCUUAAUGACUGGUAUUAUUGCUUGCUAUACCUCAUCCUUGUGGGCAUUCUCAGCCGCUGUGUAGCAUUCUUCUGUUUGGUGAUGUUCCAGAAAAAAUAGGUCUUCCCUGUUCUCUUACUUCAUUGCUUGGCAUUCUAGCACAACCAUGGAAGAAUGCAGGUUUGCAGACUUAAUUGACAUAAUGUUGGGUCCCUAAUCAAAAACCAUUGUACAAGAACUAUGUAUACGAGUAUACGACUGUCUUCUCACCACAAUGUAAAAACAGUAAAUAUGUUUGUGGUGGCAACUGCAAGUCAACAAUUUUUGUGUAAAUGUACAUAUGAGCUAUAUAAGUUUAGUUUCUUUGGAAGUGGUGUUACCUUGCUUCCAGAAUCUUGUAAUUAGCUAUGAUCCUUCAAGAGAAAUGGCAGAAUGCUGUCUUGACUACUGUACUCAAUUUUUCUUCCAUAUCCUUUGAAAGUUGACAAGGAGAUCAUUGUGCAACUACUGCUCAGAAACUGGAGGGACAAAGGUACCAAAUAUUAAUGUGAAUUCUGGAAAUACUAUAGCUAUGCUGCAAAACAAUAAUGCAAGAGCUGGGGAUGUUGCACAAAAAUUAGUAACUAGUGUAGUUAUAGACAGCACAUUUUGUAAACCACCGC